AUGAUCGAAAUCAGGGGCAUGCUGCAACAACUCAUUGGGACAAAUGGAAAGACGAAAGAGAAGUUAGAUGCACAUGAUUCAGCAAUCAAAGGCAUUAAAACUCAAUUGGGACAGUUAUCUAUGGCCUUGAACAAUCGCCCACAAGGAACAUUGCCUGCAGAUACAAACAUUAAUCCAAAGGAGCAGAACCCAAAUCAGCUCAUGGCAAUGAGUCUCGGGAAUGGAAGAGAUUUAAACAGGGAGCAAGAAGUUGCUCAAUCUAGGAGAGAGACAACGCCAACUACUCCAGUUACAUUAAAGAAAGAAGAGUCAGCAGAGCUCACCGAGGUUAUAAUUGAACAGGCACAGGUUGACAAGGGUAAGGAGAAGGAAGGUGAACAACUCUCAGAACAGGUGGUAGAAAAAGCUUCCAGCAAAGAAAAGACACAAAGCAGUGGGCAGAGGUUGACUCCUGCACCAUUCUUCAUAGGUCGACAAAGCAAAAGAAAGAUGAUCAAUAUAGGAAAUCAUGGAAAUGCUCAAACAAAUUCAAUUGAAUAUUCCACUGAUGGAUGUUUUGAGGGAAAUGCCAGGACCUGCAACGCGGUAGUAACAAGGCCUAUGGCUCAAAAGGUGUCUAAUCCAGGUAGUUUUACUAUCCCAUGCACCAUUGGGAGUUAUGCCUUUGCCAAAGUAUUGUGUGACUUGGGAGCCAGUAUAAACUUGAUGCCCUUGGCAAUCUAUACAAAACUGGGCAUUGGCAGAGCUAGACCAACCUCAAUAUUGCUGCAACUGGCUGAUCGCACAACUUACGUCAUUCUUGACUGUCAAGUGGAUGAAAAGACACCAAUCAUUCUGGGAAGGCCAUUUUUACCCACUGGGAGAGCAUUGAUUAAUUGUGAGGCUGGGAGUUGA